ACGCGGGGGUGUGUCUUAAGUGACCCGUUUAAAGUGUGUCUGAACUCUCAUUUGAGGUUUAAUCUUUCUGUAGGGGUGCACACGGAUUGACCACUCCUUUGGGAUUUAUUUCUGUGGGUAUUUGGGGGAAAGCUCAUUCGCAACCAUGACUGAUGCACAACAGGAGGCCCGCUCAUUCUUGAGCGAGGAGAUGCUUAACGAAUUCAAGGCUGCCUUCGACAUGUUCGACACCGACGGUGGCGGCGAUAUCAGUACCAAGGAGUUGGGUCAGGUCAUGAGGAUGUUGGGCCAGAACCCGACAAGAGAGGAGUUGGAUGAAAUCAUUGAGGAGGUCGAUGAGGAUGGCAGCGGCACCAUCGACUUCGAGGAGUUCUUGGUCAUGAUGGUGAGGCUCUUAAAGGAGGACCAGGCCGGAAAGUCUGAGGAAGAGUUGGCGGAAUGUUUCCGUGUGUUCGACAAGAAUGCCGACGGCUACAUCGACAGAGAAGAGUUCGCCAUCAUCAUCCGCAGCACAGGCGAGCAAAUCUCAGAGGAGGAGAUUGAUGAGCUGCUGAAGGAUGGAGACAAGAACGCUGAUGGCAUGCUGGACUUUGAUGAAUUCCUCAAGAUGAUGGAAAAUGUGCAGUAAAAGAGAGACUCAAGGACAUUCCUCCUCCCUUUGACCCCCUGCUGACCCAUCCUGAUCCUCUUUUGACCCACUGCAAUUCUCCCUCACUCUUCGCCCCUUACUGGUCCAUUGCCUAUGUUCGUCCACCUCGAUUAAACUAAACCUCUUCAACAGACAGGCACCUGGUGGGGGUAACCAGGGCUUUUGAACCCCUCUUGCAUGUGAUUAUGAUGCCCCAUUGACGCCAAUCUGCUGCUGUUCCCCCAAAUCUGGAGGGAAAAGCCAGGAUGUGAAAUUCACUGCAACAUCACAUAAUGGGUCAGUGGAUCACUUACCACCUUAACACCCUCAAGCUGGGAGUUCAGUCUAGAUGUAGUCUAGAUGGGCAGCUUGGGAUAGCUGCUUAGACCAAGGCCAACUGUUGCCACUUCACUGUAAUAACAAACUAAGAUAAUAAAUGAAUAAACACAUGCUCACUGGUAGUUGGCCUGACAUAAUUAUGGUCUGUACGCUAUUUUCUUGAAUAAAAUAAAAAAAUAUUUUAUAUAUA